UGUGCAAAGUCAAAGCUAUUGCUAAUUAAAUAGAAAUUUUGAGAAAAAAUAUUAAUAUUGUGUUUUUGUUUUUUAUAUAAAAUAUUUAGUGUGAUAAAAUUUGAAAGUAUUACAAAAUGUUUGGAGUUUCGUAUUUUGAUAAAAAUUUAGAAAAUGCCACAAGCCAUCUUCAUUUGGAACCAGAUUGGCCAUCAAUAUUAUUAAUUUGCGAUGCUAUAAGGCAAAAUGAUAUAAGUGCAAAACAAGCAUUCCAGUCAAUUAAGAAAAAAAUGUCAUCACCAAAUCCUCAUUCAGCAUAUUAUGCUCUAUUGGUGUUAGAAAGUGUUGUUAAAAAUUGUGGCACUCCAAUGCACGAUGAAAUUUUUACGAAAGAAAAUUGUGAGAUGUUUAGCAAUUUUAUUGAAGAAACACCACAUGAAAAUGUAAGACAAAAGUUAUUAGAACUUGUACAAACAUGGGCAUACGCAUUUCGUUCUUCUGAAAAAUAUCAAUCAAUUAAAGAUACAAUGACUAUUCUUAAAGCAAAAGGACAUAUUUUUCCGGAGUUGAAAGAAGCAGAUGCAAUGUUUACAGCAGAUACAGCCCCUGGAUGGGCUGACGGAAAAGUUUGCCACAGAUGUAGAGUUGAGUUUUCGUUCACAAUAAGAAAACAUCAUUGCCGCAAUUGUGGGCAAAUUUUUUGCGGGCAGUGCUCAUCAAAACAAUGUCCAUUGCCAAAAUUUGGAAUUGAAAAAGAGGUACGGGUUUGCGAUGGCUGCUAUGCUAACCUACAAAAACCUCAAUCUAAAAGAAAUGUUGUGGAUACUGAUUUACCAGCGGAAUAUUUAAACAGUACUCUGGCUCAACAGCCGCAGAACCCUCCAAGAAAAUCUGAACAAGAGUUGAAGGAGGAAGAAGAAUUGCAAUUAGCUUUGGCCCUAAGCCAAUCUGAAGCCGAACAAAAAAAUAAAGAGAAGUCAAAAGCGAUGUCCUUCAAACCUUAUAAAAUAGAAGAACCGUCGUCUCCAAAGUUUUCAAGUUCAUUUGAAAGUGAAGAGCAAGUGAGUGAUCCUGAACUAGCUAAAUAUUUAAAUAGAAAUUUCUGGGAACAAAAAAAAAGUGCUGCCGCAGUUGCUCCAGCUAGUCCUUCAGCUCCUAGUCCUAUGCCACAACAAAUUGUUUCAAAUAUAACAAAUAACAGUAAGCUGUUGUCAGAAGAUGAGGAAAUGGACGAUUUCGCCAUAAAUAUGAAAACUCAGGUAGAGAUCUUUGUGAAUCGUAUGAAGUCAAAUUCCAGUCGUGGGCGAAAUAUUGCAAACGAUACUUCAGUUCAAACCCUUUUCAUGAAUAUAACUUCAUUACACUCUCAGCUUUUAACUUAUAUAAAAAAAACAGAUGAUAAACGGAUGUGGUGUGAACAACUACAAGAUAAGUUGAAUCAAGUAAAAGACUCGCGUGCGGCCUUAGAUCUUCUACGUCAAGAACAUGCUGAAAAAUUAAGGAGAGCUGCUGAAGAACAAGAACGCCAGAGACAGUUGCAAAUGGCUCAAAAAUUAGAAAUAAUGAGAAAGAAGAAACAAGAAUAUUUACAGUAUCAAAGGCAAUUGGCACUACAACGUAUUCAAGAACAGGAAAGAGAAAUGCAAAUACGACAGGAACAGCAAAAGGCCCAAUAUCGAAUUGGACAAAGCCAGCUUGGUUAUAUUCCAAGUGGGCAGCCGGGAUCACCUAAUCAUCAAAUGAAUACUACAGGAAUGUUCAUGCCCUUUGGUUUUCCUAUUCCAGGACAACAGGGGCCAAUUAAUCAGUAUCCAGGCUCUAAUCCACCACCACAACAAAACGUAGCUGAUAUUUAUGCAAACAACUCAGGUAUUGGAAAUCAAAUAAAUUCUCAAAUGACUGGCGUGGGACACAAUAUUCCUCAAUAUAUUCCACAAGGGAAUUUACAAAAUAUGCAUCCUCCCAAUAUAGAUCAAACAGGAAACAUAGACAAUGUAAAUAUAAACCAUGGGUUAAAUGCAAACAUACCACCAGGGCACCCUGGAAUGAUGUCGAAUCCUAACUUGAACCAAAACCAAAACAUCCAUCAAAACGCAAAUCAAAAUAUGGCUUCUAAUCAACAUUUAAAUCAGAAUGGAAAUACGAAUCAAAACAUACAGCAGACUAAUCAAGGCUUACAAGAUUUAAAUAACCCAAUGACCAAUAAUAUGAUUCCACAGCAAUCUGGUAUGAUGGGGGUUCCUCAAAAUCAAAAUCAAGAACAAACAGUACCGUCAGUUCAAUCAUCAUCUGCUACUAAUGUAGCUUCAAAUGAAAUUGGAAGUACUGGUGUGGAAGAAAAUCAAGAAGAAAUAGAAGUUAAAACUGCUGAAUUGAUAAGUUUUGAUUAAAAAUAUU